AUGCACUUCGCAACCCUCACAACUCUCUUCCUCGCCUCCACCAGCAUGGCCCUGCCAGCAACCAUGACUCCCGGCGCCUACGCCACGGAUAUCGAAACCAGCCUCGACCUCAACUUCACACCUACCGUCAACGCCACCACCGACGGCCUGACCAAGCGCGACUGGGCCUACAACGUAGUCAAGUUCUGCGAGCACGCCAACGGCAAGGGCAAGUGCGCCAAGCAGAGCUUCCGGCACGCGCUCUGCUACAACUUGGACCGCUGGUGGAAUGACCGUGUCUCCUCCAUCUACCCCAACCCCAACACCUACUGCCGCAUGCACGUCAAUCGCGACUGCCGCGGUGGAGCCAUGGCCGUCGGCCCCAACUGGAGCAUCGCCGACCUCAAGACCAUCAACUGGAAUGACAAGAUGAGCAGCAUGGAUUGCUUCAGCCAGGCAUAUUAA